CAUUUGCACCAUGCGUGUACAUUUAGAAACCCAUGGCUCAAAUAUGAGGAUCUUUUUUGUCUUAGCUUUGAUAAUUUUAAGCGCAAGUAUUUUAAAAGUGAGAGCGGACUAUCCAUGUGUAUGUAACUACAAUGUUGAAACCCCAGUAUAUGGUCAGGCGUCAGCGGACGGAGCGCCGAUCGGUUAUAUGUACGAGUUCGACUGUAAACCCGUGGGACAGGUACACGGGUCUCACAGCGGGUUCACAGUUAUCCAGUUUGAACACAAGUACGGGUAUUUGGCAAGCGACAACAAUGUCAAUACACAGACAUGCCCCGGGGAUUACCCUGACGGCGAUUUAGUAAGGACAACCACAAAAGCACACAGCCAUGCCACAAAUGGCCACACAUCGACGACAUCUCCAUCUUCAUCAGUUACACCUAUCCCUACGACGACGACGCCUAUAUCCACGACAUCGACGACUCCUACACCCAUGGCAUCGACGACUCCUACACCCACGACAUCGACGACUCCCACAUCCACGACAUCGACAUCCACGACUCCUACAUCCACGACAUCGACGACACCUACACCCACGACAUCGACGACUCCUACACCCACGACAUCGACGACUCCUACACCUACAACAACAUCAACAACAACAACACCCAUACCCACGACAACGACGCCUAAACCUACGACGACGACGAAAAAAACUACAACAACAACAUCAACUACGCCCAUACCCACGACUCCAUCCACUGAAGCACCAUCUACACCAUACCGGUACUGGCUUAUGACAGCGAACGUGACGGGUACACCGCUACAGUAUGUGGGGAUAGGUUACAAUCUCCUGACGGGGAAUCCUGAACUCACCCCUGAUACUGGGAUGCUGCUGGACAGAAGAAUUCUCCAGCUAACAGGCAGCCAAAAUAGUGUCAGAGAGGCGAGUUACUCCACCAGUCCCUCCUGCAACAGAAGUGAGGCCACGUUUCUCGUGCAUGGGGGUAAAUCCCUUCAAGCUGAGAGGUUGACACGUGUAAACAUUUCAGCAAGUCAUCCGUCAUCUGUUCAAACCAAUGCAUUGAUGGGAAAUUCAGACUUUAACUCGAGAGCCAGACUGCUUUCUGACGGAUCUCAAGUUUACUUUGAUAGGACCACAACAUGCAAACAAGGGAGCGUUCGUUACCAGGGUAACGCUUUGAGACCGGAAGGAAACUAUACAGUUUCCCGCAAUUUUGCCGGGGAUGUGUGUCGACUACCAGCAGUGUUUGACCCGAAGAAUGCCACAGAGUAUAUGCAAUUUCUAGAUAACUGGGGCACUAGUGUUAUCAUGACUGCCGACCUCGGGACGAAGUCGCUGGAACGGUAUAGCCAGAGUCUUUCCGGUCUGACGAUGACAAUACUCGAGACGGAUCCAUCCUUGUUGACCCAUUCCGGCCCCUUUAUGGGAUACACAUCCUCGCUCACAGUCGAUGAAAAUCGCUACUUGAGCAGCAGCAUAGCACGCCAACACCACACAUCAAGUAGGACUGACGGCACGUUGGCAUCCCCUGUAGUCACGCGGAUUGACGUCAUUUCAAUUACUGACGUCAUCAGCAAGGCGUACUUUGGUCCGAUUUUGGAUGAGCUGACAGCGGAAGGAAUUUGCACAGACACGAUCUACGGUUCUAUGUUGACCGCGAUAGCCGACAAUGUACGGCGGGCGCUAGAGCAGUACCCUAAGGUCAAGGAGUCGACAGGGCAAACCCCGCUGCCGUCAAUUGUCGACCAUGCCUUGCAAAUACCGGUCACGUGGCCUCUGGGUAACUACGGUCUUAUGAAGACAUCCGCAGGAUGUCCGGGGGCUAAAGUGUCCUGGCAGUCCGGUUGGAGGCACUACGAUACGGAAGAUAUUAGGUCGAACAAUGGAUAUAGUAGCGAUAUAUCACAGUUUCUUGCAGGUAGUUUCCACAGCGACGACAUAAGAACAGACUUUUGCAUAAAGACCAUUUCAACAACAACGACAUACGAUGGAUUAUGGCCAAGGGGGUCAUACUGCCUGCUCAAAUACAGAAACUGCCCAAAUGGGUUUCGGGAUGGGUCCAUAUUUUGGGACGAUGAGGACAUUCGUAACUCGAACAGCAAGGGUGGGACCUUACCAGAUGGCUCGUAUGACAGCAACACCAGGAUAUAUUACUGUUGCAGGAGCGACGGACACUCAAGUGCGGCUAUAACUCUACCUACGGACCGUCCAUUCGUCCUGGUGCGUUACGGCGGGAAGUGUCAGACGGUGUACGGAAUGAGCGUACGCGAACUGUACGUCCAUUGGGACGAUAGCGACGUUUUCAACAAGGACUCUGCCAGCGGGAUGCACCCGGACGAUACGGGAGACGGCGAUAACCACGAGCUACACUUUUGUUAUUAUCAGUCGUCAGGGCAUGGAGGAAUAAUAGGGUAGUGCCUGUUGACCUGUGGCUGUACUCACAAAGGCUUCUUAGCUAAAAUGUUCAACAAAGUGAAAUUUUUAAUAAUAAAUAUUUAAAAACCCUCAUCUUUAAUUCAAAUUUAUUCGAUAUCAUUUAUUAUUUGGACCUUCUUUUGCUUAUCUUCAUAUUUUUGGUUAAAAAAAAAACAUUGUUAAUUUUUCUUAACUUUUGUAACAACUAAGAAAAAUAGAUAUGUUGCGGCUUAGUUGAAAUUUGUGAUGCUUUAUGUAUACGGCACCUCAACGUCUUUAUUGAUAAUCAUAUUUAUCUGUAUUUCGCUGUGUUGUACAUUUUUUAAUUGAAUACAUCGUAAUUGCAUCAUGAUGACUUCAAGAUUAUCACAGCACACAGGAAGAUGAAGCUGUAAAGGAUAUAUACACCAGGAUUUGUUUAAGUCAUGUUUUAAAGCUGCACUCUCACAAAACGAACAGCAUAUCAAAAGGUGGUAUUGUUUGCGACUAACAAGGCAGUACUAGGGUCCUACCAACUUCUAUUUCAGAAGAUUGUGAACACAAUUGUAGUACAGAUAAUUAUUUUUCUAUUGUAAAUAUAGUUGAA